GAAGAUUGGACGAAUCGUCUUUUCCAGACUUGUGAAAUGUCGACAGAGGACGCGCGUGGUUCUUGAUAUUACGACCGUGCCACCUCUUGAUUUUUUAUUUAAAAAUAAAAAAAAGACCUAAUAAAAGAAUAAAAAAGAAGGAAAUUAGAAAAACCAAAACAUCCCUUAUAUCAAAAUAUACCAGAACCACCUCUAAACAGCUGCAAUUGAGAACCAAACAUAAGAAGAAUCCCACAUAAGAACCACUCUCGACUGUACCCAGAUCGGCAUGGUAUCCCCCUCCAGCGUAACGCCCUCGAGGAGGGUGACUCGUAGUCAAUGCGCCAGUGAUAGAGAAGCAAAUCCCAAGAAAAUUCCCCGACUAGGCAAAACUGCGUCUCGUUAUGCAGGUAUCUCCUUUCGCUAAGCUUCGCUGUGAAAUUCUUUGGAAAAAGUUUUUAAAAAUAAAGCGUUGGGUAAAUGUCUGGAUUUGGUCAUUGUAUUUCAGUAUCUAGCACGGAGUCCGAACUAGAGGAACCUGCAUCCACCGACCAAGAAGAAGCUGCAUCCACUGAACAAGACGAAGCUGCAUCCACCGAGCCGGAAUUUAUUGUCACCACGCCGACUUUCCCGGAAAGACUGUUCGCACGUAAUUGCUAUCCUGGCAAACCUCGACUGAACAUCUAUUCAAAGGCGAGUAUCAUUGGAUCGUUAGUGAAGUUGCUAAGAGGCUCCCCUGAAAUGAAUUGUCUGCUAGGAAGUCAGUUUGGAGCUCUGUUCCACUUACCUGUAUCGCGCUGCUCAAACUCUGCGAAACUUGUACAUUCUCUCCUCAGCCGUCAGCUGGUUACGAUGCGCCUAUAUGAGCUCUGGUUCUUGUUUGCAGACAAGCCACUACGCUUUUCUCUGCGUGAGUUCGGAGACAUCACGGGGCUGAAAUGCGAGCCUGAAAGGGAAAAAGUUGGAAACGGGUCAGAAUCUAUCGAUGCCACACCUGGACGUAUGUGGAAAGAGUUGUUUGAAACUGAAGAUGAAGACGUGACUGUACCAGAUGUUCUUCGUAUGCUUGAACAGCCUAGUCUUCCUGAGUGGAAGCGGUUGCCACUAGCUCUCAUUGCGCUUGUAGAUGGGCUCCUGGUUUGUGGUCACAAACUUCUUCGUGUGACGCCUGCUUACGUCGAGAUGCUGGAAGACACCAGAUCAUUUCUUCAAUAUCCAUGGGGGAGAGAGGCAUUCGUCAGCACUCUGUCUAGAUUGAGACCACCUCAACCUUCUGAUCCUUCUAAAAUGGAUAAAUCCCUUUCGGUCAUGCGCCUUCGUUUGAAACAGCAGUCAACAGCGUGUUAUGGGUUCCCUCUGGCGCUGCAACUUUUUGCUUUUAAAGCUAUCCCCUCAUUGCUUGAGAAAAUUCCCGAACCUAAUAAAACCACUUCUUUCUUGCAAGAACCAGAAGGAUGCGACUCAACAAAUGCACUUCUGAAUUUUGAAGACAUACUUCUGGUGGAAACCCAAACUGAGGUACAAUGCUGUUGUCUAUCUUAUUUGCAAAACAGAAGUUAAGACGCUCAAACUUUGUGUACUUAUGAAUGUUUGUGUUCUUUGUUUGAGGUUAUUGUUACGUAUUCAAUCCCAGAUGAAGGUGGGGAUCCAAAGUGGAAGAAAGAAGUAAUCGAUCCCCAAAUAGAUAACUUAGUUCGUCGAAUGCGGGAAGGGCACGAGUUCAAAGCAACAGACUUUAGAGGAGGUGAUUCAUCCCUUCCACCUCUGAAGCCAGCCGAAAAGGCUGAAGGUGUUGGUGUCAAAAAGAAGUGUCAAAAGCCGUCUAGGCGGUUUGGGAAAGCAUGUGAUGAACCUGGAAGUUCGACUCAGGCGCCUCAGCGUCCUAUUCGACCUCGUCGUGGGAUAUGUAAACAGGCUGAACCAGGAAACUUAUCAGAUAAGGAGCAAGAGCUGAAAGAGUGGAUACGAGUUGAACUGAAAACCCAGUUGGGUAAAUUGCGGAACGAGAUUUUUGACUGGUUGCAUCAUGAUAGGGGAGGCUCGUUCACGGUUCCGCAAAACACAGCAGCCGGUAAAACAAACAGAGACAACAGUCACGCUGACCCUACCGGCAUGGAAGGUCUAAAGAAGCGACGUCCGUUCAGUGGUGAUGGUAAUGAUGAAGCUGAAAUAUUUUGGUCUGAUAGUAAGAAACACAAGAAGAACAACGGCGAUGGGUUUAGCGACGAUGAGACGAUGAGAAUGCAUGAUAAUCAUUGUGAUGGCCGUACGCCAAAUGCUCGCUUCUGGGAAAAGGUAAUUAAUGAUAAACAAUGCCUGAAUCCCGGUCUAACUUUUUUGAGGAAAAUUCAACGUGUAGGUAGAUUCAAUGGCGGGCGAAGGCCCCUCUUUCUCGAAGUCAGCAAACAUUCCAGAAGUCGAUGUUUCAACGCCUAUUGGACCAGAAAUUGUAUCAAAGCCAGCAAAACCGACUCUCCCGGAACCGUUGGAGGUAAAUAGAUUAUAACAAUGAAUAUAGGCUCUAGAUAUAUUAUGUUUUGCUGUUCAGCUUGGUUUGGUCAGGUAUUCAGCGUAGAUUAUCAGUUGUUCGUUUUAGUUAGUGAGGUGUACAUGAAUACUGAUUUGUUUGGUCAGGUAUUCAGGUUAUUUAGUUAAGGUAUUCAGGUUAAUUUUUGAGGUGUACAGGAAUACUGAUUUGUUUGGUCUGGUAUUCUGGUUAAUAGUUCAGGUAUUCAUGUUAAUUUAUGAGGUUUACAGGAAUACUCAUUUGUUUGGUCUGGUAUUCAGGUUAAUUUAAGAGGUGUUCAGCUUAAGUAGUCAGGUAUACUGAUCUGUUUGAUAGUUUUCAGGUGAGAGAUCAGAGGUAUUCAUAUUAGUUAGUCAAGUGUUCAGAUAAUUUUGCCAGGUGUACAGAUUAUGUUGAUUAGGUAUUUUAAUGUUAAACUACAUCUGAAUCGAAGUAUUUGAAUGAGCUAUAUCUGAACGUUGUCAGGGCGAGGGGGGAGAUGAGUCUCCAAUAUCAGGGCUAAAUUUGUUAGCAGAAGAGGUUGAAAAGGGGACACGGAGUGACAAUGUCUAUAAAGAUCCACAGGAGAACACUUGUAGGAUGCUUACCGUUUGGUCUCAUCCUGAAUCUUACGUCCUUCCGCCGGAGGAACAAGGUGGUAAAGCGUCACCGACAAAUUCUGAAGAUUACAAGACACCGCCAGAGGAUGAUCCGAUGACUGAAUGUCGCACACCAGACGUUGGGAAUUCGAAGCUGAGUCGAUAUCUGACUAGGUCAUUAAAAAAAGCAGAGCUAGAAGGGAAAUGUAUUCCAAUAAGCUCAACCAAAAAAGAUGACCUCCAGACGAAGCGUAUUCCGAGACGUUCAACAAAGAUUGGAGGAGUGUACACCCCAGACAAGAGAUUGAAGAAGCUUUUCCAAAGCUGCAAGAAACCCAAAUAUACGCCCUUAGCAGACUUGGAGAAAGCGCAGUUUCAAGAGUUUCAGUCAAUUCUCCGCGAGAAACCGGCACAGGAAUUCGAAAUUGUUAUUGGGAUCCAUGUCUCAAAUAAGUUCUUCCUGUCGUUGGCGCGGCCAACAAAUUGGGUCAGUACCGAGCACAUUUCUGUGCUAAUUAGUAUGCUAGUAAGGCGACAUGGACGCAAUUAUCUGAGUCGGAGGUGCAGAUUUGUAGACUACUUCAGUAUUGCGGGCAUCAUAUCAAAGUUCGCAGAGUUCGAGAAGGCCUCAGAUAAAUUGGGAUUCAACUGGGGAGGGCUUGUCAGUUUCAGUUUCACCGAAAAACGCCGCGUCGGAAUGACAAGAAGGUGUUGUUGGUUGAUGUGGACAGGGUGUACGCCCCAAUGAUGUGGGGAAAAGAUCAUUGGGUUGGUCUUGUGAUCAACUUGACAUGCAGACAAGUGGAGAUUUUGGACUGCAACAUUCCCCUUAAUGAGUCCGAUAAUGAGGUGAACAAGCACAUGGCUUAUCUUCUACGCGCAUUGCCUCAUGUCUUAGCUGCGUUUUCGCCUCCUUCCGAUAGUAGUCAUCCUGAAGAAGACCAAGCAUUUUCAUGGGUGCGUCCAGACAAUAUUUACUUCAACGAAAGGUCUGGCGACUGUGGACCAUGCGCGGUCAAAUUUCUGGAAAUGCAUGCAGCGGGAUACUCCUAUGAGGAUAUGGGGCAGAUCGAUGACAAAAAGGUGGACAUAUUCUGUCAGAAAUACGCGAUGGAUACCUAUGAAGAAUUUAUUGGAAACGCAAAAGUUCAAAACGAUGGUUGAAGACGUGUAUACUGCCUGCUUCAUUUCGUUUGUUAAACCGAAUUGUUAACGGUUAUUGUAUCUUUUCAUUCAUCCAGACACUAUAAUUCAAACAGAUCAAUUUAUCUUUGAAGGUUUUAUAUCGUAUUUCUUAUAUAUUUAGGGUUUAGGGUUUAGGGUUUAGGGUUUAGGAUUUAGUGUUUAGGGUUUAGGGUUGCAUGUUUAGGGUUUAGGGUUAUUAGAGUAUAAUAUCCAUGCAAGAUCUCACCAUAGUGUGUUAGUUAUUUGUUUCAAAGGAAAACAAUUUCAGAAGUAGUUGGUGUUUUUACUGUUUCAUUUAAUAAGUAUUAGUGUAAAAUUUAAAAAUUGAUUGGAAUAACUAUUUCUCUGAGUGUUAGGUACAAAAUGUGGGAGAGGACAAUAACUUUCCUAGUAACUCAUAAAACUCCUUUGUUUAUUUCUUUAUUCUAUAUAUACAUAUUCAAUGCUUCUGAUAAACAUCUCCAAUAGAACUCAAUAGUAUGGCAUCUCUAAACAUCCCCAAUCUUCCAGAAGAAAUUUUGUGUAAAAUAAUAGAGAUGGUGGGAGCGGAUUCAUUCUACUACCUUGGUGGUAUUUUGCGGGCUGGGAAACGCGGUUAUGCACUUGUCCACGAACCCUCCGUCUUAAGGAAGUGUAAUGUUCAGCCAAUGGUCACCUUUGCAACAUGUCAAAUCUGCACUGGUGGUCAGUUUCGAGAGUUUUUCACCAAGUGCGUAACAACUGGCAACACAAACGCUAUCUACUAUGAAGGGCUCUAUGCAGCACUGAUCGUAGGUCCUGAGAAAUGUAUUAGAAUAUUGCAACCAAAUGUCCCAAAUCAUGAUUUAUCAACUUUAGCAGUCGGCAUUUUCAACGUGUGUAUUGGCAAUGACAAGGAAGCCAGUAAACUGUUUCAGCAGUUCGAAGCUAAUCACCCUUCGCUCGGAUGCGAUAGUUGGACUGGGAGCUGAUCUAGAGUGGCGAUUGAUAUCAUUUUGAGCGCCAUACAUGAACAGAUAUGGUGCAUCUUUCAAAUUUCCGGAUGAUGAGGUAAUCAAGUCACCAAGCUGCCUUUAUGGCCAUGAUUACACAGUCGAUUUUGAAGGUUCUUGUAAAAACUGCAGGCUAUUUUGGAUAUGCUGCAACAUUUCUCACAUCCUCUAGGACUUUAUUUAUGUUAUCCUCGAUGUUAUCUGUUUUCUAUCGUAUAGCUUAAGUAUUCGUAGACCUUAAGUAUUCGUAUACCUUAAGUAUUCGUCAAUGUUAUCUGUUUUCUCUCGUAGACCUAAAGUAUUCGUCAAUGUUAUAUGUUUUCUCUCGUAUACCUUCAGUAUUCGUAUACCUUCAGUAUUCGUAUACCGUUUAAUCAAUGAAAAGUGAGUAAAGAUAAAUAUUAAUAGAAUUAUGAAUAGAGAUGUCAAUUGGGCUGUCCAUGUCCAAUGGGUAUGUCCUUUGGACAAAGCAGUUUAUUGGACAUUAAUCUUAAGUCCAAAUUGUACCUAGUCCAAAUUGUCCAAACACAAAAAAAGACCAUUCCAAAACAGACCCUUCCAAAUAGAACCAUAAACCAUUCCAAAUUGGACGUCCAUGUCCAAAUGGUUUUAGCCCAUCUAAUUUGGACUUAAUAGGUUUCAGUCCAUUUGACAUCCCUAGUUAUGAAUGUUACGUAAUAAAAACGAGUAAUUAAUGGAAUUAUUCGUAGACCUGAAGUAUUCGAAUACCGUCAGUAUACGUAGACCUUAAGUAUUCGAAUACCGUCAGUAUUCGAAUACCGUCAGUAUUCGUAUACCGUCAGUAUUCGUAUACCGUCAGUAUUCCUAUACCGCCAGUAUUCGAAUACCGUCAGUAUUCGUAUACCGUCAGUAUUCGAAUACCGUUAGUAUUCGUAUACCGUCAGUAUUCAUAUACCGUCAGUAUUCGAAUACCGUUAGUAUUCGUAUACCGUCAGUAUUCGUAUAAUUAGCAAUUCCUAAUUUUACUAAUAUUAAACAUGCAUAAAAAGACAGCAAUAAUAAACAGAAAUCAUAAAUUUUAUUAUAUAAUAUAAUAAAGAGUUCAAAAAAAAAAAAGAGAUCAACAUAAUUACAAAAAACAAUAAAAUUCAAAAUAUUUAAUAAUAUUAAAAGAGGAGGAGGUUCCUAGUCGGAGUCGGAGGUGCUGGAGUCGGUGCCGGAGCUGUCUGGGUAGUUGUCCAUCCUGAACUGCCCAGAACCCAAUGUGUCGUCGGUCCAGUCGGAAGCGUCGUCAUCCACGUCCGUGUCCAUCUGCAUCCACUCCCAGUAGUCACCUUCUUCAUCGUCCUUUAACCCCGUCUCUCCUUCGCCGGGGUAUCCAUAACCCUCAUCCUCCGGGUCACCUUUUCUCUCCGCCUUGCGAGCACGUUUGCUACUGCGGUGAUCGGGGCUUGUGCGGCGGCGUUUGCGAGGGCUGGAUGGAGGUGUUUCCUUUAACCCCUCCUCGACUUCCUCCGCCUCCUCGAACAGGGCCUCGAGUGUGGCGAACUCCUCAGUUUCCAGACCGUCGCGGAUCUCUUCCUUCAAACCGGCCUUGGCCAACAGGAUCAACUGCUGCUCGGUGCGUUCGCCGACUAUAGGCAAACUGUAAAAGAAUCGUUUGUAUUUUGCGACGGUCAUUUUGCCCUGGCUGAUAUCAGACACCAUUUUUGGAAUGAAAGAGUUUUGCAGAGAAAGAGGUUUGCAGAGAAUGUGUUUAGAAAGAUGAAAAAGAUAUUAAAUGACAACAGAGUAGUAUAUAUAUUACGAAAAUAAUUAAUUAAUUUUUUGGUAACAGACGCGGCGUUCCAUUACUACUCCUCGGUUUAAACCAUGCGAAUUAAAUCGUUGCGACUCCUCGGUAGAAUUAAAUCUCCGACUGAUUAGACCAUAUGAAAUGAAGUAGGAAACUUUCUUGUCGUAGACAGAGUUCACUUAAAUUUAUUGGCGUGUUAAAACCAUAAGUGUACGCGUGUUCGUACACCAACGAAGAGAGAGAUGAGAAUACCUUAAGUUCAUACAUUCAUUAGUACAAAUAUGUAUAAAGAAGAUGUCUUUUCCGUGUCAGAAGGUUGCCCUAAUUUCAAACUACGUUAUGAAGCUUACGUAACCGAGGGGUAUAAUGAUGACUUCGUACACCCUAACCGAGGGUGUAUAAUGAUGACUUUUGUACACAUUAUGAAACUACAUUAAUUCAAAUGGGUUUGCUUCUUAAUUGGAUAUGGAUAGGCCCAUUAUGAGAUAAACAGUUAAAAUUUGAUAGAAGAGUACAAAUUAACCUUAAUAUAAAAUUACAUAACAGAGUACAAAUUAACCUUAGAAUCCCUUAACCUUAACAUAAAGAGUACAAAUUUGAUAGAAGAGUACGAAAAUUACAUAAUAGAUCCGACAAAUGCUAAGAUCAGCGAUCCACCAUAAUUAAUUGCUUAAGCUCUUUGAUCUCCUCACGCAUUUGCGCAAGUUCAAAUUGCAGCUCACGGCGGAGCGACACCUCCUCAGCAUACUGACUUCUCAAGCAAUCCAGCUCUUCCUCGAGGGCGGUAAGGCAGUCAUGACGGAUGUGCAAACCAUCGUUCUACAAGAAAAUAUAUUAGAUUUGUUAGCUAAAAACAAUACCAUUUCCGUUAACAAUGGAGGCAAAUUUAAGUAUUGUGAACUCCAAUAUUACCUUAAAAUCUUUGCAUACGUAAUAGUUUCUUCCUCUGUCAUCAGCUUCCACGGUGAUAGCUCCACCGCAGAUACACUUCGUUGGAAUUUUGUAAUUGGCAUAGACACAAUUGCUCACCCAGUCAUACUCCCUUUUGUGAUGCUUCAUCUCUUUAUAGUAAGGAUCCGUCAUUUUGUGGUACUGGUGAGUGUGGUGAAGAGAGAUUGUUGAGUGUUGUGAAGAGAGAUUGUUGGGUGUUCUGAAUUCUACUUAAAUAGUGCAAGAUUGUAACGGCUAUAUUUUACUUCAAAAGCAUUUCUAACGGUAAGUUGCUUCAAAAGCAUUUCUACUUAAAUAGUAGAAUAUAAUAUUGAGAGGGAUAUAUUCACCAUUUUUUUUUCAAACGUGUUUAUUGGUUCAUAGAAUUUUAGUAGAAUCAUAAAAAAAUGACACAUUACAAAAAACCACAUCAAGAGUUCAUUACUCAUCCGAUUUAUUACAUUACAAAAUAAAGAGUUACUUGAAUAUGAUCACCAACCCAAGUAAAACUAAUAUAAUAACCAUUCCACCAACAAAGUAUUCGAAGCCAUUGGUUAACCUUGUUCUGUUUUCAGCUAACUCAGACACUAUCUUCU